AGACAGUAAGAAGGGUACUGUCCUGUCACCGUCGAGUUGUGCUGGAGCAACGGGGAACUCCAAACUUAACAAAUACACCCUCUGUCGGUCGUGGGAGAUUCAGUGAAACGGAAGCAAAUGACUACUGUUCUUUUCAUUAAGUUGCUUUAUUGCUUGAACCAAUGUGGAGAGGGAACAAGGACAUGGGGCAAGAACUUCGGUUUAUGACUGUAGUUGCGUCAGACCACUGAAUCCCACUUUUUCUACGGAUAGAGUCGCUAACUAGCCAUCAUUACAGGGGUUUUUUUCCAGACAGAGCAACGGAAUCACAAUGGCUUUAAUUUUGUUCUCGAGAUCUCGGGCUCCACUAAUGAAAACAUCGAGGUCGUUAAAAAACGAGUUCAGAAAAGGGAAACUCACGGAAAGCACCUGUUUUAACUGUACAGCUCUUCGGCUUUCCUCUCACAGUCCCGAUGUCCUCAGAGGUGGAUCCAUGUCUCUGGCCUCGUCCCUAAGCCCUGACCCUUACUCUGUGUGGGUGUCAUCACGCGACUGCUACUCCCAACGCUCCCAGCGCCUCUACCACGCCGUCCUCGUCCCCGACCCUCCCCCCCUGCACGGGACGUGUGUCCGCCCCCAACCCGCACACCCGUGCCCGCACACGCGCGGCCACACCGUACGGUGGGUGCACACAAGCGCCCGUCGCCGCGACGACUCGAAAGUUGAGCGCUCGCUGAAGUCGCUGAAAGAUAAGAACAAGAAGUUAGAGGACGGGGGGCCGAUGUACUCCCCCACGUUGGAGACCCACGUCGUGCGGCGAUCCAUUGGGCAACGGGUGGCCGACGAGGUCAAGCACUACUACCAUGGCUUCCGGCUCCUGUGGAUUGACACGACGAUCGCAGGGCGCAUGCUCUGGAGGUUGCUGAAUGGACAUGGGCUCUCCCGGCGAGAGAGGAGACAGUUCCUGAGGACGUGUGCAGAUGUGUUCCGGCUCCUCCCCUUCCUGGUGUUCAUCAUCGUUCCUUUCAUGGAGUUCCUGCUGCCUGUGGUGCUCAAACUCUUCCCCAACAUGCUCCCGUCCACCUUUGAGACACAGUCCAAGAAGGAUGAGAGGUUAAAGAAAGAGCUGCGAGUGAAGCUGGAGAUGGCCAAGUUUCUGCAGGACACCGUGGAGGAGAUUGCCCUCCGCAACAAAGCAUCAAAGGGCGACGUCACAGAGGAGUUCUCCACAUUCUUCCAGAAGAUCCGUAACUCUGGUGAGAGGCCCAGUAAUGAGCAGAUCAUCCGCUUCUCCAAGUUGUUUGAGGACGAGUUGACGCUGGACAACCUGAUGCGGCCCCAGCUGGUGGCCCUGUGUAGGCUGCUGGAGCUGCAGUCCAUCGGCACCAACAACUUCCUGCGCUUUCAGCUCAUCAUGAAGCUCCGUGCCAUACGCGCCGACGAUAAGCUGAUCGCAGAAGAGGGAGUGGCCAGUCUAAACGUCAAUGAGGUGCAGGCUGCCUGUCGUGUCAGAGGAAUGAGAUCACUGGGAGUAACAGAGGACCGGCUGAGAGAACAACUCCAACAGUGGCUGGAGCUGCAUCUGGAUCAGCAGAUCCCUACAUCUCUGCUGCUGCUGUCUAGAGCCAUGUACCUGCCAGACACACUCUCUCCAGCAGACCAACUCAAGACCACACUACAGAUCCUGCCCGAGAUUGUGACAAAGGAGGCCCAGAUGAAGGUGGCAGAACUGGACUUCUCCAACGUGGACAACAAGACGAAGCUGGAGACCAUGAUUCAGGAGGAGCGGGCCAUACGCGAGGAGAACCGUGAGAGGGAGAUGGAGAGGCGGGCCGACGCAGCCGAGAAAGCCGCACGGGAGGAUGAGCUGGAGGCAGAGGAAUCUAGGCGACGGCAGUUGGAUGUGGAGCACGCUCUGUCCAGCGUCGAUCAGGCGAUCCACUCAGAAACACUCCGAGACACUGCACCCGCGCUGGAGGGCAUCAAGUUUGAACAGUGGCAGAAGUACCUGCGCAUUCAGGGAGAGGAAAUCACUAAGGAGGAGAUUGACAUGUUGAGUGACGCCUGCACCAAACUCAAGGAGCAGAAGAAGCUGCUGACCAAAGAGAAGGAAGAGCUCGAGGAUCUCAAGGAGGACGUGGAGGAGUACAACGAGGACCUGGUGGAGAUCCGUAAAGAGCUGUCCAAGACGGGCCAGGAACGUGCCGUGGAGGAGUCCAAAGCCAGCAAGCGCCUGUCCCGCCGGGUAAACGGUAUGAUCGGACGCAUCGGCAAGAUCAUCGGCGAGCUGGAGAAGGACAAGGUGACGCUGGACAGCCAGCUGGACAGCAUACCCACCCCCCCCAUCGGAUUGUUCUUUGAUUGGUGUGGAGGCUCUCAGAGGGAGAACCUGAUCAGCAUCACCGAGCUCAUCAGCGUCAUGCGGCAGAUUCAGAACAUUCCGGAGCAGAAGCUGCUUAGAAUCGCCGAGGCACUCGAUGACAACAAGGAUGGCAAGAUCGACAUUGAUGAUGUCAUCAAGGUGGUGGAACUGAUCGAUAAGGAGGACAUAGACAUCUCCACGGCUCAUGUGUCUGAGAUCAUGGUCAUGUUGCAGAAGGAGGAGAAGCUGGUGAAGAUGGAAAAGGCCAAGGAGAAGGCCGAGAAGGAACAGGCCGCUGAAGUUCAAAACUGAGGCCGGCCGCGGAGAGCCCAAAGUGGGGAUAGGUCCGCUGCAGAACCCCCUCUCAGCCACCACCAUCCACCACCAUCCACCAAUGCACCAACCUGUUCGGCCUGCCCCACCAACAGCAAACGUCACCGCCGUCUACAGGGUUUGAACGGAUUCACUUUCUGUUCUUGUUUUUAAAUCUUCCACAAGAGGCAGAGAAAGAAAAAGGUUAUUUCAAGUAUCAGGAAUGGCUUGUUCUUUUUCUUUUGCUUCAUAGAGUUUGAGGCUUAAAUUUUCCCAGGAAGUAAAAAAACACACAAAUUAGGAACAAAUAGUUUGUUCUGCUAAGACAAAAUAGUCUUUUUUUGCUAUUGUGUUUAAUUGGAAAAAAAAAUAAUUACUUAUUUAUUGUUUUAAAAAAAAGAAAAUGAAAUUAAUUUUAAUUUUGUUUUGCUGAUAUGCACCUUUUGUUAACUAGAAGAAAAAAAAAAGAUUUACAAUCAUUCAAUUCCAAGAGAAUUCCAAUAAUUCCUCAUGGACAUGAGACUCCCUGAUGUUUGCCACCCUGAUGUUCAUCAUUUCCCCCCAUGCCAUGAGAGGAGAGGAGAGGAGAGUACUGGAAGGAGAGAGGACAUCAUCUCUUAUGCACAUUUGCACAGAAAUCACACCAUCAUCCACCAUUCCACUCUCCUCUUUUCUUUGUCGUUUCUCCAUUUUUUUUUUUCUCUUUUUAUUCUCCUUUUUUUAUUUCAGGGACACUAACUACAAUUGUCACAUCAGGCAUUCUUGAAUGUACUGUGAGUGUUGAGAGGACAGCAUACUAAUGGAUGCUAAAGUGUAAUAACCAAAGAGUUUUGUAAGUGUGUGUGAUAUAAAUUACACACAGAUUUGCUGUGGCUUGAUUAUGCCAAAGUGGGGAAUGUGGCUGUUUGUUUGGCUAUGCAUCUGAAGAGGAGACUGGUGGAGCUUUUGUGUAGACCGUUACUGACUGACUGGCAGACUGAGUUGCUGAUUGAUUUGGUUUAUCAAAUCAAUUAAUUAAAAAACAAAUAAAAUAAAAAAAAAUCAUACCUGAGGUUUGUUACCUCCGAGCUUUUAACGUGUGUUGGUUUUGACCAAUGUGUAUGAUGUGGCCUUGAAUAUAACUGCACAUGUAGACUUGCACCCACAUCCACACACAGUCACACACACAUGCACAUUCAAGUGGUAUUUGACUCUACAUACAACCAUUUUGCUCACACGAGUCGUGCUUACACUUGCAUUCUUUCUUCUUCUUUCAUGAUUGCACUUGUUCUUUCUCACACACACACACACACACACACACACACACACACACACACACACACAUUGACCUUCCCAUGACCCGACACAGACCGCAGCGACACACAGUUGAAGGCACACCCUUGUGUGGCUACCAGGAACGUGUGUGUGUGUGUGUGUGUGUGUGUGUGUGUGUGUGUGUGUGUGUGUGUGUGUGUGUGUGUGUGUGUGUGUGUGUGUGUGUGUGUGUGUGUGUACACAGGCAAGCGCCAAGGAUGAACGAGCUGUGCAGGGACGAAAUCAACUUUAAGCCGUCCCUGGAAUCUCAAUGUUUUGACGUUUAGGACAGAGAGAGUGUGUGUGUGUUGACUUGUAGAACUGUGUGUGUGUGUGUGUGAGAGAGUGUGAGAGUGUGUGUGUGUGUGUGUGUGUCAUGCUGUCUUGGCCCAGACGGGUAAGGGUAGGCUGGGUACAGUCAGCUUGAUGGCAGAGUAAACACUGGCCCUGCAGACACACACACACACACACACUCACACAGAGGCAUGCAUGCGCUAGUGUGUGUUUGGAGUUUGAACUCAGAGGCACAGGGUACAGGAGUCUCCGCAUACAUCAUCUCCAACAUUAAACAUGCCAGCAGGAGCCUACACUCUGUCCCUGAUCAGAGCCCUACACACUGUCCCUGAUCUGACACCACGUCUGCUCUCUGUUAAAUGUGUGUGUGUGAGAGAGAGAGACAGAGAGGGGGAAGUGAGAGUGGGAGGGGUGUGAGAAAUUGAAGAAGUACAAGAAAAGAAAGACUUAUUGAUGAAGAAAAAAAAAAUGCUUUAAAAAAACGAAACAAAAAAAAAACAUGCUAUUUUGUAUGAUUGGUACUGCCAUCUAGGCCUUCAUCUGCCACGCAGUGAUGAUUUGCUCUGCUUUCUGUUGUCUGUAUAUACUGGCAAGGCUUGAUUGACACAUCCAUCAUUCUUAAUGUCUAAUUGCACUAGAAUCAUAUAGAGCUUUGCUGAAGAAGUCUUGAUGUUGACUCAGGUAAUUACUGUAAAAUCCUAAAGGGCAGCUUUAGCAGGAGUGGGCAGGGGGGCAUUCAAAUGUAACCAGAAGAAGGCAAACUUUUAUAUACAUCUAAAACAAACAUAUAUAUCUCUCUCACACACGCACACACACAUUGAACUCCAAGGAGAACCUUCUAAGGGGUUUCCUGUAGGGAUAAGCCCAGCUAUUAGUGAGGUAUUAAAACAGAAUCACUGAUGUCCGUAUAUGCUUUAAAGUAGUGCAUACGGCCUCCUCCAGCCAGUAGAACACACGAUAGGCAGUCAAGAAAGUAUUGCACAGACAGAUCGUGUGUCUCCUCUGUGCUGUGUGGUGUGGAUUCCAGAGAAUCAGUGAUUUUAAAGACUCCAACCAGAUUCAGCCAUAGGGGCUGGCCUGGUAUCUGCAGCAAUAACACAUCGCACCUAUACUUAUAUACACGACAGUCCAUUUACUAAGUGGUAGCGUGUGAGUUUAUAUACAUUGAGGUCCAACAGUUGAAGUGCGAAGAGGCUUGUUUUUCUCUAGUGGAGCAACAUAGUGGAGAAGUGUUGGGUGUGCAGGUGAUCCCGGUAAUGCUGGGGGAAGCAUUUCAGGUUACCUGAUGAGCCUUUGAAUGCUUGAUCUCACCUGUUGUGCAAUUCAGAUACAAGUUGUUUUGUUGCACUCAGCAGGUGCAAGUGACUGUUUGGAAGAGGGUGUUAUGAUUUUGAUGUUCAGUUGACAAGGUUUUAAUUUGGUGCAUCUUGGCUGGUGAGUGUUCAGCUGUGUGUGUGUGUGUGUGUCUCCAGCUCAUAUCAUUUCAGGACAGCCUAGUGGCACAUCCAUCAUACAGUUAAUGUUUGCAUCAUAAGCUACUGUACUCAAUGUCACUUCUAGGAGCUUCUAGUGUAAAUGCACUAUGGCGAGAGUGUUUGGUGCAAGAGAGAGAGAGAGAGAGUGUGUGUGUGUGUGUGUGUAUGGGGGUCGGGGUGGGGUGGAACAGAGACACUCUCCAGCUAUAGAAGUGUGUAUUAUUAACUGUUCUUGUUAAGAAUAUUUAUGCCAUUUUUGAAAUUGUUGUCUAUAUUCCUGAAAAAAAGCAAAAACACAGUGUAAUAUGUAUUUAUUUAUUGAAUUAUACUGCUGACAAGUUUCGAUGCUACUGGGGAAAGGACCCAGCUGAGUAAUUAUUAAUGGCUAAGAACAUUUAGAGAAAUGAAAUGACUGUAGAUGUUUACUCAAAUCAGUAGAGAUGUAAAGAUAUGCAAGCUUUUCAUUUUUUGCAAUGAAUAAUAUUUUACUUUCUUGUAAAUAUUGCACUAGAAUAUAGCCCUAGCAGCUGGGAGAUGUUCAAUAAAAGUGGACCGAUCUUUGUUUGAUGUUCAUGGACUUGUUUGUUGAUUGAUUGAUUUGGUAUUUGAAUUGAUUUUGAAACCCAUACCCACCUUUUUUCCAUCCUCUCACUCACCACCCAUCCAUCUGUUCCACCACCCAUCCUUACUCACUCAUUCAUGGUUCCUCCUCUUUCAGAACACCACCUCUCUUCCUCUGACCCUUCCGAACCCUGACGUCUCACGUUGUUGUGGACGUCACUAAAGCCGCCGUACGCACAAAGAAUUUCUGUUUUUAAUACUUAAAGUUAACCCCAAAACAUUCAAAAAUAGACAGUUGGAACUUAACCGGGGCAAAGAAGUAGAACAGUAUCAUAAGGAACCGUUUAACUAGCACUAACCUAUUAAAUACUGGAAGCACACUUACGUGGAAGGAGCUUGAAAGUGGGACAUUCAAUCAAGCCAAUGCCAGAGGAACUGAUUGAACCCCUGAACUAGACUGAUCUAAAAGAUGUUCUCAGGUUGAUGAGGUCCAGUUUGAUGUAGUGGGAGGGAGGAGAUUUAAUCUAAAUAGGCCUUAACUGGGGAGGAGAUGGGCGAAUAGCCUACAGUGAAGACUGAGUCGUAUUUUUGUCAGUCCGAUUGGUGUUUAUUUAAGACUGGAGGAUUUGUUUCUUUUUCAAAUACUCCGAGGUCUAGAUUGGGCCUGACUGAGGCGUCUGGUAUGCAAGAGUUUGGAUCCAUUACGUUGGUUUAAAACCUGUGGGUAGAAAAAAAUGUUAUUUGAUACUUGGGUCUGAAUUAGAUUAUUUAUUGACCAUUAUGAGGGUUGAGUGAGUGUGUGUGUGGGCAGCUAAAUCUUGAGUUUGAACUGAACACAGAAUUAGACAUAUUAUGACUGUGUGUGAGAGAGUGGUUUGGGGGCGUAAUAAGGAUUUUUUGUCGAAAUGUGUCGUACGUCGAAAGGCAUCAUAUUGGGAUGUUUCCAAAUGAUAUAGUACUGUUAUACAGGCUAUAGAGAGAUGCAAUUACUAAAUGCUGUGGUGUCAUUGCUUCACCUGGACUACAGGGGGAGCUCUUUCCCCAGUAACCAGCUGAGGUAACGCCUAGUAACAAAGAACCCUUAUAUGGGCAUGUUUCCUGUUGAAGUGUUUGAAUUGACCAACUAUUUCCCAUCUAAAGUGUGUAACACUAAAUAACAAUAAAAACAAUAACAAGUGACAGCCAACAGAAACAUCCUGUCCAGUUAAGAUUAACUGUCCAUUAUGUGUAGCCAAACAUUCACAGUAUAUGCACAACAAGACACCCAAAGAUGCCUAAUGACAAAUUUCACAAUGAGGGAUUGCAAAAUGUUCACUUGUAUUUGUUUGCACAAAAAUGUAAUAUUUAUUAGCAAGUAAGGAGUAAAGCCAAGCGUAUGACGCAAACUAAUUCCUUGAUUGCUAUGUUGAAAUGUGUUGUUCCAAACAGUGGGCCUGUAACUUAAUGACGUCCGUUUGCACACUUCAUGUCGUGUAAGCAAAGAGGAGGUUUAGAAUUGUGCCAAAGGACACUGACACAUUGAGAAUCAGUGUAUACAGUAUAUGUACUGUCAUCACAGUCUGGUUUUACAGGUAGAAUACAUUCAAAAUCUGCCUGAUAAAGACAAUGCGAGAGAGAGAGAGAGAAGGAAUGAAAACUGAAAUCAUGUAAAAUAAUGGCAGAUAGGGCCUGAUUAUGACAAAUGAAUUGUGCCCAUGUUUUUUUUCAUGUUUCAGUAAUCUCUGGUUAAAGUAGUGAUUUUCAUGCAGACCCCACUAAUCUGAGUCAUAUCUCAUACAGUACAUGAGGAAAAUAUGCCCCCAAAUAAAAUAUGACUCCCACAGACGGCCAUUCUUCACACAUGUUAAAUAUCUAAUAUGACCUUAGAUACAAGACUUCUCAUUUGAAACUGCUGUUCACACUGUCUGCUUAGAAAAGUGUGUGCUCGUCAGACCUGUUAGAGAGUGUGUGUGAGUUUCUAUGAUGUCUGCCCCUGGGAGUGUAUUCGAGGGAAUGUGUUUGUGUGUGAGAACAGGGUCAGGGAGUGCACAGCAGUGUGUAAGCAAGUUGUGAAAUAUGUGGUAUGGCAGGCCAAGCUGGAUAUGUGUGUUGUGUUGUGAAACACUGGCUUGCACUUGAGUAUGUGAGUGUGUGUGUGUGUGUGUGUGUGUGUGUGUGUCAUUUGAGUAUCUAUGUGUAUGAUAAACACACUUAUGUAUUCCCUGUGAAAACCCUGUCACAACAGAGAGAAAAGUGCAUAUGCACACACACAGACACACACACAGACACACACUUAUCUACCGGUCACGCAUAUGUGCAGAUCCAUCUCCUGGGCUCCUUCUCAGACCCCAUACCUGCAGGGCCCUCGGUGGACGGUAAACUUGAAUGACAAAUGAAAUUCCUCCACCCCAACACUGUUGUAUAUCCAUACAGCUUUGCUCUGUAUAUGCCAACACAUGGCGAAGUCAUCCAUCACUGUAUCUGCUAAUGCAUAGAAUGUGUAUGCUGUGGUUUAACACCUCGCUGGACCUGUUAUCCCCCAGUGUGAUGAACGAGGUGCACAUAUCUCUGUAUAUACAAAGCCACCGUAUUUAUGAUCAUAAGAUCAGUAAUAACUACUACAUGACGGCACAGUUUGCAUGAUAUGUAGAUGUGAACAGUGACUGGUGAAUGUUGGGUUCAUAGAAAAUGGUACUAAAUGCUGUCUUGUAUAUUUUCUUUGUUUUUGUCAAAGUUGUGUCGGUGGAGCUCUGCUUUUUUGUGUUGUAAAGACAUUUCAUUGCUUUCAGAUGUGCUGUGCACUUUACAGUAACCAAGGUGCUUCAAAAAGCUAAGCGCUUUACAUAAAAUAAGUAGACAAGCAAUUAAACACCACGCCUGCUAAAUGAUUGUCAGUGAACGCAUUCACAUGUGCUAAUUACAUUAUUUAUUGUGAUGACAAUAAACAGCUAACUGAA